AUGAGCACGCCCGGGUCUUCACUCGCCCAGUCGGGAGGCAUUACCGAUCCCGCCCUGAUCCAGCUCGUCAACAAGCUUCAGGAUGUUUUCGCAACCGUCGGCGUCAACAACCCCAUUGAUCUCCCCCAGAUCGCCGUCGUCGGCAGUCAGUCCAGCGGCAAGAGUUCGGUGCUGGAGAACAUCGUCGGCCGUGACUUCCUCCCCCGAGGUACCGGUAUUGUCACGCGUCGUCCUCUCGUUCUUCAACUCAUCAACCGCCCCGCCCAGACAAACGGCGUCAGCCAUGAUGAAAUCGAAGCUGGCAACGACAAAGCCGCCAACGUAGACGAGUGGGGCGAGUUCCUUCACUUGCCUGGACAGAAAUUCUACGACUUUGGAAAAAUCAGAGACGAAAUUUCCAGAGAAACCGAGGCCAAGGUCGGACGAAAUGCGGGAAUCUCCCCAGCCCCCAUCAACUUGCGCAUCUACUCCCCCAACGUCCUGACCUUGACCUUGGUUGAUUUGCCAGGUCUGACAAAGGUUCCCGUUGGUGACCAGCCCCGUGAUAUUGAGCGCCAGAUCCGCGACAUGGUUCUCAAGUACAUCUCAAAGUCAAAUGCCAUCAUCUUGGCUGUCACGGCCGCCAACAUCGAUCUGGCCAACUCCGAUGGCUUGAAGCUGGCACGCGAGGUUGACCCCGAGGGUCAGCGAACCAUUGGUGUUCUCACCAAGGUCGAUUUGAUGGAAGAGGGCACCGACGUCAUUGACAUUUUGUCCAACCGUAUCAUUCCGCUGCGUCUGGGCUACGUUCCCGUGGUCAACCGAGGACAGCGAGACAUUGAUAACAAAAAGGCCAUUGGCGCCGCCCUGGAGGCAGAGAAGAACUAUUUCGACAACCACAACGCAUACCGCAACAAGAGCUCCUACUGCGGCACUCCCUACCUUGCUCGCAAACUCAACCUCAUCCUGAUGAUGCAUAUCAAGCAGACACUUCCGGAUAUCAAGGCGCGAAUUUCGAGCUCCCUGCAAAAGUACAGUGCCGAGUUGGAAAGCUUGGGCCCCUCGAUGCUUGGCAACAGCUCCAACAUUGUCCUGAACGUCAUUACCGAGUUCACCAACGAAUGGCGCACAGUUUUGGACGGCAACAACACUGAGCUCUCCAGCAGCGAACUGUCUGGUGGUGCCCGUAUCAGCUUCGUUUUCCAUGAACUCUACUCCAACGGUGUCAAGGCCCUCGAUCCGUUUGACGUUGUCAAGGAUCUUGAUAUCCGAACCUACCUGUACAACUCAUCUGGUCCUUCUCCCGCACUGUUUGUCGGCACGACGGCUUUUGAGCUUAUUGUCAAGCAGCAGAUCAAGCGAAUGGAAGACCCCAGUCUAAAGUGCGUGUCGCUGGUUUACGACGAGUUGGUGCGAAUUCUGUCACAGCUGCUCUCCAAGCAGCUCUACCGCCGGUAUCCUUCACUGAAGGAGAAGAUGCACAGCACCGUUGUUUCUUUCUUCAAGAAGGCCAUGGAGCCUACCAACAAGCUCGUCCGAGAUUUGGUCUCCAUGGAGGCGUGCUACAUUAACACAGCUCAUCCUGACUUUUUGAACGGCCACCGCGCUAUGGCCAUUGUCAAUGAGCGUCACAACCCAAAGCCUGUUCAGGUGGACCCCAAGACCGGCAAGCCACUGACUGGCACUCCUGGCCGAGCUGGCAGCCCAACAGUCCCAGAGACUGAUCCAAGCGCCAAUGGAGGAUUCUUUGGAAGCUUUUUCGCCGCGAAGAACAAGAAGAAGGCCGCAUCGAUGGAGCCGCCGCCACCAACCCUCAAGGCUUCAGGCACUCUAUCAGAGCGUGAGGUGAUUGAAGUUGAGGUUAUCAAGUUGCUCAUCUCAUCCUACUACAACAUUGUCAAGCGAACCAUGGCUGACAUGGUUCCCAAGGCCAUCAUGUUCAAUCUUGUCCAGCUCACAAAAGAUGGCAUGCAGCGAGAAUUGCUAGAGAACAUGUACAAGAACGACAGCAUCGACGACUUGCUCAAGGAAAGCGACUUCACCAUCCGCAGGCGGAAAGAGUGUCAGCAGAUGGUUGAAUCCCUUGGCAAAGCUAACGAGAUUGUCAGCCAAGUGCAGUAG